AUGAAAAAUUAUUCUCCUCAUGUUAUUCCAAUCAUUUCCUCAAACAAGGAAUUGAGUAAAGAACUAAAGGAAAUAAUUGCUAACAACAAGGAAAACAUUGACAUUUUUAGCAGUAGUAAAAAUAAAGUUUACCAGAUUGCUUUAGUUUUAGAUAUGUUAAAUGUGGGAUUUGAUAUGCCUUGCCUGCAGGCAAUAUUUUUAGAUACUCCUAAAAGCGAAGACCAUGAUAUUUUUCAAACUAUUUCUCGUCCUAAUCGAAUUUUUAGCGGAAAAAGUUAUGGAACAAUUAUUGAUUUUCUCGGUAUUACUGACAACGUCGUUCAAGCAGUAAAAAAAUAUGACACAGAAAAUUUACUAACUUUGGAUCAGGGUGCGAAGCAGAAAAUAAAAGAAAGUGUUCAACGAUUAAAAGAGAUUUAUGAUGGACUAGAAAAAAAUAUUGAACAACAGUUGAGGAAAGGAAACCUUAAAGCAGAAACUGAUUUGCUUCUUCUUAUAGCAGACCAAUUAGAAGAGAAAAAAGAACAUGAAGAAGAAAAAAGGUUUUUGCAAAGGUCUUUGGAGAUAUUUCGCUUAAUUCUAGGUAAGUCGGGAGAAGGAAGUGGUGAUUUUGCCAGCCACCAUGGCUUUAAAAAUCUCUCUAACUUGGAAAUUAAGAUAAAGGCUCGGCUUCAGGAAAUUGUUGAAAUAGUUCCACCACAGCAAGGAGAAGAAAGAGAGUUGUGGCUAAUUGGCGGCGAUUUAACUAAACUAAACAACAUCAAAAAGAAAUGA